GUAUAAACCCAUAAAAAGAAAACAAAAUCAUCACAACAAUUCAGAUCUCAUCACCGUCACUCUUGAAAACAACAAACCUCACACACUCACACACAAAUACACAUACAAAUACAAAUACAUACGCACAUUGUAUCUAUAUCUAUACAAUCAUCAUCAUAUUCUUCACCAUUGUUUUCUCUGCACAGUGACUCGAUGCUAAAACUGAGUCCACUCGGUUAGACAUCUCAACCAUGGGCCAAAACUCGCCGAGUCCACACGACGGCGACGACGAAUUCACCGGAACCGGUUCAUAUCCGAUACGAGACCGGUUCCGGCUGAAGAGAAACCCUAAAUCUGCAUCUACACUUGUUACGAAAACAUCUUCUGCGUCGAGCUUAUUAUCGGAUCGGCGCCGAUCUCACGGUUAUGGAGCCAGAUCUGUUCUCUACCGGAAGCUGUUUUCAGUUAGGGCAACGAGUAUGUUCUACUUGUGUAUGUUGAUUGUUGUGUUUGCUUUUGCCUUCGUGUCUAUGGUGUUGCAGAGCUCCAUAGGUGCUAUGGUGUUCGGUCAAGGUGGUGAGGUGGUUGGGGGGAGUGUGCGUGACGGUUUGAAGUUCGGUAGUUCGUUGAAGUUUGUUGAAAGGAGGAGUGAGAACGGUUUUGGGAGUGAAGAUGUGAGGAAGAUGGCUAGGGUUGGAGUUCGAUCGCCUCGGCUUGCAAUUAUCGUAGGAAACAUGAAGAAUGAUCCAUCUUCCUUGAUGCUUCUCACCCUGAUGAAGAGUUUGCGUGGAUUGGGUUACACGCUUCAGAUAUAUGCUACAGAGGAUAGCAAAACAAAACCAAUCUGGGAGAAGACUAUUGGCCACAUCUCAAUAUUAAGUCCUGAAAAUUAUGGUCAUAUAGAUUGGUCAACAUUUGAUGGUGUUGUUGUAAAUUCUCUAGAAGCACAUGAUGCUAUUUUAAGCCUUAUGCAGGAGCCCUUUUGCUCUGUACAACUUAUCUGGAUCAUUGAAGAAGAUACCCUGGCAAAUCGUCUUCCUUUUUAUGAAGAAAUGGGAUGGGGACAUUUAAUUGCAUAUUGGAAGAAUGCUUUUAGAAGGGCCGAUGUGGUUGUGUUUCCUGAUUAUUCUUUACCGAUGUUAUAUAGUGUGCUUGACACUGGAAACUUCUUUGUAAUUCCUGGAUCACCAAUAGAUGUGUGGGCAGCUGAAAGAUACCUAAAAGCCCACUCCAAAUCGCAGUUAAGGGUUAAAAACGGUUUUGGCAACGAUGAUAUGCUCGUUUUGGUUGUUGGGAGUUCUUUCUUCUACAAUGAGCUAUCUUGGGAUUAUGCAGUUGCAAUGCAUAAAUUAGGUCCUUUGCUGACCAAAUAUGCUAGGGACGGCGAUGUCAGGCCAUUGUUCAAAUUUUUAUUCGUAUGCGGGAACUCUAGUAGUGUCUAUAAUGAUGCUUUACAGGAUAUUGCCGGUCAUUUGGAUCUUCGUCGUGAUUCUGUUGGACACUAUGGUUUAGAUGGUGAUGUGGAUGAGAUGUUAUUGAUAUCCGAUAUUGUUUUAUACGGUUCCUCUCAAGAUGAACAAGGCUUUCCUUCAUUAAUCACCCGAGCCAUGACAUUUGGCGUUCCUGUAAUCGCCCCUGAUUAUCCCAUCAUAAGAAGAUAUGUUGUUGAUGGAGAACAUGGAAUUAUUUUCUCAAAAGACGAGCCUGACGAGUUGAUGAAAGCUUUUAAACUUCUAACAUCCAACGGAAAACUAUCAAAUUAUGCGCAUAGGGUUGCUUCUUCAGGGAAGCUUCUUGCUAAGAACAUGCAAGCAUCAGACUGCAUUGACGGUUAUAUGAAACUUCUAGAACAUGUUCUUAUACUUCCAUCAGAUUCCAUUCUUCCAGGGGUAGUUUCUCAACCGAAACAGGGAGUAUGGGAAUGGGAUCUAUUCUCAGAGGAAACCGAUCAUUGGUCUGGUAAUAUGACGUAUUUGAGUUUGAAGGAUGAUACAAGAAAUACAAGUGUUGUUUAUGAUAUUGAGGAACAUAUGACACCUUCGCUGGAUUCAAGAACAGGAUUUCAGGAUGAAUCUGAGAUCAUGCUAGACGAUAAUCUAACUGAACUGGACUGGGAUAGUUUAAGUGAAAUUGAUACUUUGGAAGAAACCGAGAGAGUAGAGUUAGAGGAGAUAGAGGGAAGAACAGAUAAAAGCUACGGUGUAUGGGAGGAAUUAUAUCGUGAUGCUAAAAAAGCCGAUAAAUUAAAAUUUGAAGCAAACGAAAGGGAUGAAGGGGAGCUAGAGAGAACAGGCCAACCUUUAUGCAUUUACGAGGUUUACAAUGGAGCUGGGGCUUGGCCUUUUCUUCACCAUGGUUCCCUGUACCGUGGGUUAAGUCUUUCUACAAAAUCUAGAAGAUUGCGAUCAGAUGACGUGGAUGCAGUUGGGCGGCUUUCCAUUUUAAACGAGACUUACUACCGAGAUGUUCUUCUUGAGAUGGGGGGCAUGUUUUCUAUUGCAAAUAGAUUGGAUAAUGUUCACAAGCGACCUUGGAUUGGAUUUCAAUCAUGGCGUGCUGCUGCAAGGAAGGUAUCGUUGUCCUCCAAAGCUGAAAGGGUUCUGGAAGGAACAGUGCAUCAGAAAAACAGAGGAGACGUAAUAUACUUUUGGGCACGUGUAGACAUGGAUGGUGAACUUGCAAGGAGCAAUGAUGCUCUAACAUUUUGGUCUAUGUGUGACACCUUAAAUGCCGGAAAUUGCAGAACGGCAUUUCAGGAUGCCUUCCGUCGGAUGUAUGCGUUGCCAUCGUAUGUCGAAGCCCUUCCACCAAUGCCUGAAGAUGGCGGUCACUGGUCUUCACUGAACAGCUGGGUCAUGUCAACCCCUUCUUUCCUAGAAUUCAUGAUGUUUUCCAGGAUGUUUGCUGAUUCUCUCGACAGUUUGCACAUGAAUGCAAGUGCAACCACUGAAUGCCUUUUAGGAUCUUCAGUGAGCCAGAAACAACAUUGCUACUGUCGGCUAUUGGAACUGUUGGUGAACGUGUGGGCAUACCAUAGCGCUCGAACCAUGGUUUACAUUGAUCCAAAUUCAGGAUCACUAGAAGAACAACAUCCUGUAGAACAACGUAAAGGGUACAUGUGGACCAAAUAUUUCAAUUCCACUUUACUAAAGAGCAUGGAUGAAGAUCUAGCCGAGGCGGCAGAUGACGGUGACCACCCAUACGAAAGGUGGUUAUGGCCAAGAACCGGGGAGGUACAUUGGCAAGGUAUAUUCGAAAGAGAAAGGGAAGAAAGAUAUAGAACUAAAAUGGACAAAAAGAGAAAACAAAAAGAUAAAUUAGCUGAAAGAAAUGCAAGUGGAUACAGACAGAGGACACUUGCAGGAUAGAAACUUCUUUCACGUUUUCGAUCUAAAUUCUAUCCGUUAAACGAUUAGCUCGAUAUUCCGGGCAUCCCAGUGCAUCAGUUUUGCUGAUCAUGGAGAAUAGGUUCUUAUUGACACCAUCAAAGUAUACAUGAAAGGGUAUAUACGUGUUUGGCUGUAUAAACAGAAAGAAGUACACGGGUAUGGCCACAGAGUCUACGGGUGACCACAUUCUUAAGAGUCGAAAUUAUAUUUGUUAUUUAGGUAGUGUAUUCCUUUUGUUUUUUGGAUGACCUGCAAAUUUUGUUCCCGUUUUAUAGACCAUUAAUUUCGAACAAUUGAGUUGUACACUUGCUAUGGCGGAGAAAAGUUAGAAUUGAAAUGCACUACAGGGAAAGAACAAUUUUCAACAUUUUGUAUAAUGUUUACAUAUGUAUAAAUAAAUGAUUCCUUUAUAAAAAAGCAAACUUUUUAUUAA